AUGAGAAGCUGGCAUGCGCUGCUGAAACCUUUCCAUAAUGAGGUCCUACUGGAGCUGCUCCUUGUGUUGUUGUUGGGGACGCAUGUCCUAGCAGUCUGCCCCUCUGUGUGCUCCUGCAGUGCCAGCCACAGGGAGGUGGACUGCUCUUGGAGGGGUCUGAGGCAGCUGCCCGAUGGCCUGCAGCACAACCUCCGCUCCCUCAACCUGUCCCACAAUCGCUUUCACAAUCUUGACGGCCAGCUCACGGAGUAUGUUCACCUCCGCAUCCUGGAUUUGUCUCACAACCGGCUGGGCCAGCUGCCCUCUGGCUUGCCCCGUUCCCUCUGGCAGCUCUAUGCGGGCGCCAACCGCAUCCGGUUGCUGGACAAGAAUGACACCGCCUACCAGUGGAACCUGCAGCUUCUGGAGCUGUCCAACAACAAGCUGGAGCGGGCUGUCUUCAUCAACAACACACUCAUCAACCUGCACAUGCUCAACCUCAGCCACAAUCGCUUCUGGACCGUGCCUACCAACAUGCCCAUGAACCUGGAGACCAUCGACCUGUCUCACAACUUGCUUGUGAGGGUGCUGCCAGGCUCUCUGGACAGGCUCACUCAACUAACUCACUUCUAUCUACAUGCUAAUCGCUUUUCCACACUCCCCUUUGGCGUGUUUGACCAGAUGGCUGGGCUUAAACUCAUCACUCUUGGACACAACCCUUGGGCCUGCCACCUCCAUACCAACAUCACUUAUUUACUGUCCUGGAUACAGCAAACCCCUGCCCGUGUGCUGGGCUGUCCCUGCCACACCCAGGCCAUCUGUGGAGGCGUGCGACCCGGCAGGACUGGAGGGUGGCACUUUGCCUCCUACAAUGCACCACCCCUGGCAGCGAGCACCCAGGACCUGUCCGUUUCUGCCUUGCUGAGCACCCAGUACACCACCAGAGAGAGCAUGAACACACAGCAGCAGCCCUCAACAGCCUCGCCCCGCGGUCUCUCUACAGAUCAGCACCCGUCCUCCAGCCCAGCAGUCACAGAUCACAUGCUCCUGACAGAUUCCCAUAUCAUCACAGGAACAGCCUUGGUCAAACACAAAGCCCCGCCUACUGACUCAUUCCGCUAUGACACAUCCUCUUCUGCUGACACGAGCUUCGUUACUGACACACCCAUUGCCACUGAAACGGCUCUGGCCACAGACCGAUCCUUUAGCACUGAGAGCGCUUCCGUCACGACGAAGAAGACCACGACGCUCCGUACCAGGAGUGUGAGGAGGCCCAACCAGUCCCUUCCUGGCGGUGUCCGCAACAUCAGCCCAGCUCUCUCCUCCUGCUCCUUUCUCCCCUUGAUAUACAACCUGUGGCCUCUCAUUCUGCAGCAAGUCCUAUAA